AUGCCCCUCCAGGACAACCCAUCAGUGCCCAACUCAACGAUAUUCUUCCUCACCGGCAUCCCUGGGCUGGAAGCCAUGCAUCGCUGGAUCUCCAUCCCCUUCUGUACAGUGUUCACUGUAGCUCUGCUAGGCAAUGGCACCCUCUUGUACAUUAUCAAGACUGAGCCCUCUCUCCACAAGCCCAUGUUCUACUUCCUCGCCAUGCUGGCAGUCAUUGACUUGGUGCUGUCAAUGACCACCAUGCCAAAAACAUUGAGUAUCUUCUUGUUUAAUGCUCGGGAGAUCAGUUUUAGUGGCUGCCUGGUGCAGAUGUUUUUCCUUCAUUCCUUCUCCAUCAUGGAGUCAGCUGUGCUGCUGGCCAUGGCUUUUGACAGGUAUGUUGCCAUUUGUAUCCCUCUACGGUACACGACCAUACUCACCAAUGCAUUGAUAGUGAAGAUUGGGUUGGCAGCUUUGUCCCGGGCUGUUUUACUCAUGUUUCCUCUGCCCUUCCUCCUCAGAAGGCUGCCCUAUUGCCACUCCCAUAUCAUUGCCCACUGCUACUGUGAACACAUGGCUGUGGUGAAGCUGGCUUGUGCUAAUUCUAGGUUCAACAACAUCUAUGGGAUCAUUGUAGCCCUCUUCAUUGUGGGGUUUGAUUUGAUGUUCAUUGGCCUGUCAUAUGUCAAGAUCCUGAGGACGGUGUUGAACCUGGCCUCCAAGGAAGAGAGGAUCAAGGCCUUUGGCACUUGCAUCUCUCACAUCUGUGCCAUCUUGGUCUUCUACACCCCUGUGGUUCUCUCAUCCAUAAUUCACAGGUUUGGCUAUCAUGUUGCUUCUCAUAUCCACAUACUGAUGGCCAAUUUCUACCUCCUCUUUCCUCCCAUGAUGAACCCCAUUGUGUACGGAGUCAAAACCAAACAGAUUCGUGACAGGAUGCUGAUCCUAUUACAGAAAUGGUGUAGGUCUGUGGUCCCCAAUGCAGAGCUAGUGGGCACCAGGCUGUCCACAAGACCUUCAGCCAUUGCUUAUUGCCACAAGAAAUUAAGCAGUUAA